UGGCGGGGGCGGAAGAUGGCGACGCCCCUUGGGUGGUCGCAGGGGGGGUCAGGAUCUGUCUGUCUCGCCUUCGAUCAACUGCGGGACGUGAUUGAGUCGCAGGAGGAACUGAUCCACCAGCUGAGGAAUGUGAUGGUUCUCCAAGAUGAAAAUUUUGUCAGUAAAGAAGAGUUCCAGGCAGUAGAGAGGAAGCUAGUGGAAGAGAAAGCUGCCCAUGCCAAGACCAAAGUCCUCCUGGCCAAGGAAGAGGAGAAGUUACAGUUUGCUCUUGGAGAGGUAGAGGUGCUGUCCAAGCAGCUGGAGAAAGAAAAGCUGGCCUUUGAAAAAGCGCUUUCCAGUGUCAGGAGCAAAGUCUUCCAGGAAUCUAGUAAAAAGGACCAGCUCAUCACCAAAUGCAAUGAAAUUGAGUCUCACAUUAUAAAGCAAGAAGAUAUACUUAAUGGCAAAGAGAAUGAGAUUAAGGAGUUGCAGCAAGUUAUCAGCCAGCAAAAACAGAUCUUCAGGCUCCAUUGCAGGAAUCAUAUGUCUGACUGCCGGAUCCAGAAGCAGCAGGAGAACUACAUGGCCCAGGUGCUGGACCAGAAGCAUAAGAAAGCCUCAGGGUCUCGUCAGGCUUGCAACCACCAGCGUCUCAGGGAAAAAUAAAAUGGCCGUUAUCUUCCUAUUUUCUGGA